AGGCGGGGAAUCCGCGAGAAGGCGGGUCCUGACGUUGUGGGAUGCCCGCGCCGUGCAGCAGCAGCAGCAGCCGCCGCCGCCGCCGCGUUCUUCUGCCUCUUCCCGGCCCAAGGAAGCAGGAAGAACUAUUGCAUCUGUUAUUUCUUCGCGGUCGCUUCUCCCGGGUGGGCCUUCGGCUGGAUGCGGAGCAGGGGAUGCGAGGCUCUGCUGGCGACGCUUGCGCCCUGAAGCGCCGCCUGCUAGGCUGAGCAAAAGUGCGCCGCAGGCCUAGAGGUGCUUCCGAGGAGCAGAAGGGGUCAAGCAGGGAGGACCCGGGGAGAAGGACGAGAGCCUCCAGGCGAGAGAUUGCCGAGAAAUAGAACGCAAUAAUCCACCUCUUUCCUCCGAGCUUUGCAGUGCAUCGCUGGGGAAGAAACCUUGCGCUCGUCGUUUAAAGAUAUUGAAGAACAAGGAAAGUUUGAAAAAGCACCUUUGGGACAACCAUGACGUGGAUGACUGAGAAUCUCCUUAGAAAACAUGAGUACCUAGAAGCCAAGAGGAACACACGUGGCAAAUUUCAAGUUUGUAGGCUUUACAGUUCUGGAGAUUUUGUGAUUAAUGCAUUAAUUCGGUUCUACCAAAGCACAUACCAACAUGGCCUCAUGGAAUGGCAGCAACCCAGCAGACAGGAGAAGAACAGGAGAAAGGCGCAGAUCAUCUCAGGAAACGACAUCAGAGGACUUGGUAGCUCAACAGACUGAGGAGGUGUUCCAGAGCUAUGCUUUCCAUCGAUACCAGCAGGAGCAGGAGCAAACUGAGGGGGAUGUGCCAGUAGAUCCAGAAAUUGCCGCAAUUCAGCAGGAGCCAAAUAGCAUCAACAGUCAGGUGGGUCGACGCUUAGCUAUCAUUGCUGAUGACAUCAAUGCACGGUAUGACAAGGAGUUCUCUGAGAUGCUGAAGUCCUUGCAGCCUUCCAGGGACAAUGCAUAUGAGUACUUCACCAGAAUAGCCUCCAGUUUGUUUGAAAGUGGCAUCAAUUGGGGGCGUGUGAUAGCCUUGCUGGGCUUCGGCUACAGGAUGGCAAUCCAUGUAUACCAACAUGGCAUAACUGGCUUCCUGAGAAGAAUUGCACAUUACAUGGCUGAAUUUGUGCUACACAAUCGCAUUGCACAAUGGAUUGCUCAGCAAGGCGGAUGGGUGGCAGCACUGGACUUGAGCAAUAUUUAUUGGAAAUACAUGUUGAUGGUAGCAGCCGUGAUUUUGCUGGGCCAAUUUGUUCUACGGCGUUUCUUCAAUGAAUGACAGGAAAGGAAGAUACUGCUGGUUUGUUGCAUAAGAAAGAAAGAUCCAAGAAACAACAAAAGGGGAAAUGAUGCAUGUUACCAGCUUCUGUUCUACCAGGACAUCAGUUUAUUUAUCCUCUGCGUGGUGAUUCAUCUAAAGAGCCUGUAGUUUAGUUAAAAGAGUGGAACCAAGCCUGAGGCAGAAUUUAUUCCAUCCAGCGGCCAUUGAUCAGCAGUUCUACAUAGGAAACUCCAGGCAGGUACUCAUGGUAUUGCAGAUGAGAAAAUUAAAUGCACUUUCCUCUGCAAGGUCUUUUUAAGAAGAACAUCACCUCUUUGAGAUCAUUCUCAGGACCAAUUGAAUUCUCAAUCAGCUGAACCUCAUCACCAUCGAAAGAGUAAAACCACAAGGGAAAUGUUCUUUGAUCUGUGCAAACCAAUUUGGAGCAGUUCUGUUCCUAGGAGCUGGACAAGGGCUGAAAUAAUUAAAUAAUUGUAUAGCUCUCUGAAUUUAUCUGAGAAUCACAUGCAAGAUUAGAUAUGCUAGAUAUGAAUAUAUAUCUAGAUAUUCCAGAGGAGUUGAGAAAAUAGUGAUAGUAGCUACAUUAUUUUAUAGGCACUUUUUCAUGCACUUGAUAAUUGCUGUCCUAAGUUGCUUGUACUAUGGGCAGUGUAGCUCCUGCUCUGAAACAAUAUUGUAAUGACUCUUCUGAGGUGAAGAGAGUCAGCUGCUUGUAAAGAUUAAGAAAUGAGGCUUGUUUCUUUUCAAAGGAUGGUGCUCUAUUUCCCUUUUGCUUAGGUAUGAUUGUGGUUCACCUCAAAGGUGGAUGUGUGUUUGGGAUUGGAUUGCAAAGAAAUGACAACAUUUCUUCAGAUUCCAUUGUAUUUAUUUUUUUUAUUUUUUUUGACAAUCGUUAAAUCUGUCUUACCCAAAGGAUAGACAAAAUGUGAUUUCCUGCUGUCACAGGAGUUGGAAUCUGCUUUCCCUAAUGAAAAAUUGGCAAAAUUCAGCCAAAUUGAGCAAAUUUUAAGGCCAUUUCCUAUUAAAUUAGUGAGGCUCGCUUCUAAGUAAACAUGCAUAUAAUCAGGCUGCAAUCCUGUAUUGAUUUCAAUGGGAAGUUGAAUAUGUGUUUAAUCUUCCAUCUGAAAUCGGUAGAACAUACAAGUGUUUAACAUUAUUUGGAUCAUGCGUAACUAAAUUCCUCCUUGCCUGUUUCAUGAAACAUCUCAAUGGGAACACAGAAUUCUUUGUAACAAAAGCAGGCAAAUAUGCAAAGCUGAAAUUUUCUGUUCAAAAUAAUUGUUUUUUAAUCUUGGGGUUUUUUUUAUUUUUUAUUUUUUAAAAAAAAAAAAUCCAAAGUCAAUUCUGUUAUUUUUUUUCCCCAAUACUCUCCCAAAUGUUUACUGUAUAUAGCUUUUUUCUAAUUCUGAGUCUCAUUUUGACAUCUGAGAUAAAACUACUACUAUGUCAGGAAAAACUGACAUUUUAGAUACAACUCUGUUUACUUUGCACACUGUAUAAAGCCAUAACUCAAUAGUGAAACUUGAGUAGUUUUUCCUGCCAUACAGUUACCAAAAAUUCUUAAGCAGAUGACUUAGUAUAAAUAGUAUAAAUAGUUUUUAUAUUUCUGAACUUUUUUUAAAAAAAGAUACUCCUGAGAUUUCCUGAAUGCAUAUGUCAAUUUAUUUUUAAUACUGAAAAACAUUAGCAGCUUUCAGUUUAAAGAUAGUAUCAAUCUGAACCUGAUCAGUCUUAAAUGAAUUGUCAUGACAAAGGAUAGAUAAAUAUAUCUAUUUCCUUCUACCUGAAUCAGUGUUUGAGGAUUUGGCCAAUGUUUGAACCUCUUGUGGCAGAAGGGUAAUCUAAUAUACUCAUUUUAAUGCACUUUUCUUCUUGAGCUUUCCUUACAAACUGUAAUCAUAUCUUACCCUAAUACAGACUUUUUUGUGUGCACAACUCCUUAAUAUAUACACUUUUAUUAUUAUUUUCAAAUUGCAAAUUGUGCAGCUUGCAAUAUGUAGAUUCAUACUGGUGAGCCUGAUAAGUUCCUAAACUAAUUGAACAAAUUUCUCUUUUAUUCCUAAACAUGGCACUCUGCCAUGUUUAUCUUAUACUUGCUUACUUCAAAGGAUGCCCCCCUUUUUUUGUGCUGGAGCUUGCUGGCAAUGCUUUCAAUUCUGAAACUUAAUCUUUAGAAUAAACCUUAUUUCCAGAAAUUCUUUGUAAAAAAAAAAACCUUUCUAAAGACCUUCAUGUUUGAAUGGUUCAGCACAGUAACUUAAGAUAACUUAUAGUUAGGGUUUCAGGCAGAUGUUUCUGGUAAGUAAGAGUUGUAUGAUGGUCACAAUUACAACCAGAGCAAAUAGAAUACAGUUAGUGUCACUGAAGCUUGCUCCAUUUUUCACCAGUGCAGUUUUAUCUGUAGUGCACAAAACCAAUACUAAAGCAGCUACUGAUAUGUAGCAAUCCAGAACAGAAACUUGGAAGGGCGUUGAAAAAAAUUGUCUUUUUUAAUAUUAGGAUCAACAUUGGGAUCUGCAAAAUACUUGAAGCAUCUAUUGCAGUUAAUUUUGCUUCCUUAGUGCUGCAAAUGAAUUGAGUAUUUUUCCUCAGUAACGUCUUCUGAGGUCCUAUCUCAAGUUUGCCUAACGGGUUCCCCUUCAUUUAGUGGGUGAAUCUACCUCAGAACUCUCAGGUUUGGGUCCAAGGGAAACCAAGGCCUCUAUCUCUGAAACUGACCAUAGUUAGGAGAGGAGUAUCUUUUAACCAGUUAACCUUAACACCUUAUAUAUGCUUAUAGGCACUGUAGUAGGCUAUGCUUUUUCCUCUAUUGUUGGCUCUAGAGUUUGUUGAGAUCUAGGUUUCUGGUCCUCCUGUUGACUCAUUUAUACCAAGCAGCAGUUUUCCUCUCUCUGUUGCCAUUAUUCUACUGUCUUUGACAGGAUUAUGUGAAGGCCAUCAUCAUUCCCACACAGUUCUCUUUCUUUAGGCUAACUUUGCCUAUAGGCAACAUUGAGGCUACCUUAGGUGCCUCUUGGAGGCCCUGGAACUGAUUAUUGUUUUUACAACAGGAGACACUGGACGUUGU